AUGUCUACUCUGAGUAGUCGAAGAUCGACUGAGUCGAAAAAGACUAGCCCAUCUAGUGUAAGAACGAAAAGUAGAACAGUGCAAUCUCAUUUUGAAAAUCUAAAAUCUUUUGUUCAUCAAAUUUCAUUACUCGAAACUAGUGCUGUAGGAUUACUCACCACUCUACAUUCAAUAGAAAAGGCAUAUAAUGGACUUUUCGACAAUAAUAUUCGUGCAGUACCUGUUUAUAAACAAGCUCGAGAGAUUAGUGCUCAGUUUUCUACUUUUGAAGGAACUCUCCUUAGUAAAAUAGAGCUUGCAAAACAUCUCGAUGUUCCAAGCAAUAUUACAUCAGAACUCGAAAAAUUAAAUUCUACAAUUAAAAAGGUCAAUUCAGCUCCUCCAGCGACAUCUCGUGCGCAGAGAGAAUCAAAAACAUAUUAUAAAGAAAUUACCGCAUCAAUUUCAGAUAUAGAACAAAAUCUUAAAGAUCAAAAUCCCGUCCAAGCCAAAAAAUUACUAAGAAAGCUAAAAACCGAUUUCCUCCAUAAAUACGAACAAUUCUUCCGUCUCAGUCAACUGUCGAAAGGCUCUAAAAACACAAAUUCAGAUAAUUGCCGAUUUUCAAUCGACAGAAUCGUUGCUCUUUUAGAUUACUCGACAAUGCCACUUGAAGUACCAGAUGUUGUAGAACAAAUUAGUGUUAAAUUGAAAGAAUUAUCUAAGAAACCCGAAAAUACAGAAUUAUCUUCAAGACCUUCAACGAGAUCUUCCGUCAAUAGAGUCUUAUCAAAAGCCAAAGCAGCAGUUAAGCAAGAGGUAAAGCCAAAAACUACAAGAUCUAAGUCACAACCGAAUUUUCCAAAUUUAUUCCCUCCUCCAGCCCCAGCUUCCCACAAAAGGAUAGCGGCAGUACCAUCAUUGAAGAGUUUGGCGAUUGCUCCUCGCAGAGUUUCCAAUUCCAGCAAGAAUAUUCUACCUUUAAUCCAAACAGUCAAUAAUUUACCGAAAGCACCACCAGAAGAAGCAGAACCUGACUUGGAAGCGAUGUCAAAUUCGAAAUCAGAGAGAUCCCCAUCAAUGAAGAAGCUCGAAAAGACUUUAAGCAAAAUAGAAUUAUCUGAUGACGAAAAUUUGAAGAAAAACACUCCACCUGGCUCUCCAAGCCUAUCCAGCAGCCAACUAAUGCUUACAAAAGAAUGCGCGGAGGCUAUACAAGGCCUAGAACCAAAACUUUUGAAGCAUUUAUCUGCAAUUGACACAAAUAGUACUUUAAACCAAUUUAUUGAGCAAUUAUCACUUGUACAAGAAUCAGUACAAGCAGGGAAUCCUCAAAAUGAGCAGCUUCUUCGCUUGAAUUUUCUAAUUUGUCAGUUGGAAGACGAAUUAGUUGAUACAAAGGAAAGUGGUAAUUUCGAUGAAACGAUAAAUAAAGCCAAACAGAUAAUUGACUCUUUGGAGCACUCGAUUUCGGAAAAUAAAACGAUUUCUUCGGAGUCAUCAGAUAUUAUUGGAAAUGUAGGUCGAAGAUUGAAGCGCUUGAGCUACAAUGAAACCAGCCCAUCGGGAUCAAUGCAUGGAGACUCGGAAACUAAGAUAAAUGAGUUAAACGCUGAGUUAGAAAAAUUAAAAUCAGAAUUAAAAGCUGAAAAAGCGAAAAACAGCGAAUGGCAGCAAAAAUCCGAGACAAGGAAGAAAUAUAUCAAUAGAUUAUCUAAUAAUCUUAAGCACGCGAUGGUCGCAAUGCCUCCUUCUGGUUGUGAAGAUUUGAAAAAAGUUUUAAUGAGGCAGACCAAAAUUAUUAGUGUUCUUGAAGAACUACAGUAA